AUGCAAGAAAUGCUGAAUGAAGCAGCGGAGGCAUAUGCAGUUCCGAUAAACCGAGCUGUUUGGAUUAGCAAAAUCUUCACAUUCAUCCCUCAAUCAGCAACAAGUAGAGCCCAUCGUCACCAAUCGAGGCCCACUAUUAAGUUCAAUCUAAAAAAUAUCACCAAAACCCAUUCAUACGAAGAAACAUUUGAAGAUCAAAUACCAAAUCAUGGUAGCAACUUAAAUGCAAUGAGAGAGGAUCCCAAGACGAGCACCCUCUCCCUAACAAUAAUCAAGACCCAAAUGCCUUUUUCUUGUGGUGGGCAACGCGAUGUUCCAGCUGUUGAGGACAAGGAGGGGCAAAUGGGGAAUAAGGAGGACGAUGAGGCAUUGGAGAAUCUGGAGAUUGAAGAGAUGAAGAUGUACCUGAAGCAUUUUGAGUUGAAGGCUCAAAAGGCACAGCUUUUUCUGCAGAUGAUGAUCAAGUCCCGGGGCCAUUGA